AUGACGGGCAAGUGGGGAAGAGGAGGAAACCCGCUCAGCGCCGUCCCCUCCUCCUCCCGCCUCAGCCGAGGCACUGCGGCGUCGGAGAGAGAGCGAGACAGACGAAGCCGGUCAGGGGUGUGACGUCACCGCUUCUGCAAGGGGAGGAAGUGACGUUUCGACCCCCACCCCGUUCGCCCGCAGGUCUCCGCUCCAAGAACCGGAAGUGGCGUGUGGAACGGACUCGGCGCCGAGUUGGAGAGGCCUACGGAAGAGGCGGCUGUGGUGAGGGGUGGAUGAGGCCUGAGAGGCCGUCGCGGGAGCCGGGUAAGCCGUCGGAAGGGGCCGGGGGCAAAGUCUCCGGAAGGCGAGGCCCAGCUGCGGAAACGGGCAAGGGAGGAAGAGGGGGGGAGGCCGGCCGGUUGGAGCGAAGAGGCCCUUCCUGCUCCAGGGGAGGCAGCCCGAGCAGGCGGGCGGGGUGCGGUGGUUGUUUACGGAGGCGGCUGCCGCGCAGGGAAGACUGUUGGGUUCCCGUCGAGUCCGCCCGUCUCGCCGCCCCGUCGACGCAGGCAGAGACACGAGCACAAUAGGCCCCUUUCCUAUUGUUGCUCGCCAUUCGGUGCCAUCCUGCUGAAGGGGGAGGCAGUUUCUGAAGGAGAAGGUAAGCAGGGAAGUAGCUGGUGUUGCCUGCAUUGGCUGUCAGCGGCCAUCCUCCUGGGUUUCAGGCAGGUGUCCUUGCUAGGGAACGAACCUGGGGCUGUCUGCCCGUUAGGGUUCAGGCAGCAGCUAGGAUAAGAAUGAGGGUUAGGAAAAAGGAAUAGCCUCUCCUGUUUCCAUUCUCUCACCAAACCCUAAUGCAGAGUUGCAGGCUGGGUGAAAUGGAUGUAAGAGCAAGGAGGUGUCUGUUAGGCAAGUUAGGAGCACGCUGCAAACCGAAAAUUAUUUCUUAACUUGUCCCUUGUAACAAGUUUGCUAGUCUUCUCUUUUUUGAUACUAUAUGUGGUAUGCUUUAUGGAUGGUCACGUAUGGGUAGUGAUAGAAACGGUUCUAAAGACUACAGGGUGCCAGAUGGGAUCACAAUACCACCACACACUUCCUCCAAGCAGCUUAGGGUGGUGAACAUGGUUUCACUUCACUUAUUCUUGCAGUGAACCCAUAGGAUAUAUUAGACUGAGAUGUGAUAACUCUUGUUGUGUACAGUACUUCAUCCAGGGGACUCGUACAGCUUGGUUAUAUAGCUGAAAUGGUUUCAUAAGGCUCCUUGGGCCUUAGUUCUUAUUUGUCUUGGAGAGAUUGAACAGAGCUUUUCUUUCCUGUGAGUUUUCUUUCCCCAUGUUUUCUUAAGUAGAAAAGUAGUCUUGGUGUGUGCAUGAGGCAAAGUACACUUCAGUACCUUUAGCUGGAAAGGUGAAGCAUUUUUAAAAAGGCAAGCCACAAUUGUGGUAUAUAAUCAAAAACAGUUUUUGGUAGAUGUGCAUUGGUUACUAGGCUGAAAGUACAUGGUGUGAAUUUUAUGUUCUAACAUGAUGGCUAGUUCUAAUUGUUUACUUUUAUUUUGGCAGACAUUGCCCAUGGAUGAAUUGGUGCAUGAUUUGGCCUCAGCCCUUGAGCAAACUUCUGAACAGAACAAGCUGGAUGAGCUGUGGGAAGAAAUGACUCUUAGCCCAAGGCAGCAGCGACGGCAGCUUCGCAAAAGGCGAGGACGCAAACGGCGUUCAGACCUAACACACCAAGCAGAGCAUGCUUGUUGCUACAGUGGAGCAUCUGAAUCCAGCCUGGAUGAAGUUGUUGAGGACUGCCGGGAAGUGCUGACUGCCAACUUCAGUGACUCAGACGACAUGGCAGUAGCCAAACGCCAUCCAACGCUCAGUACAACUCUGAGAAGUAAGCAGCACUCGUGGCACGAGUCAGACUCAUUCACUGAGAAUGCACCUUGCCGGCCGCUAAGGCGCCGUCGAAAAGUUAAGCGUGUGACUUCAGAGGUGGCUGCUAGCCUCCAGCAAAAACUCAGAGUAUCUGAAUGGAGUUAUGAGAAGGGUUGCAGGUUCAAAUCUGCUAAGAAGCAGCGCUUGUCACGUUGGAAGGAGAAUGCUCCUUGGACAUCAUCAAGCCGAGGACUUUGUGAGUCGGCAGAGACGAGAGCCUUCCUCAACAAAGGGGGAAGAAAUGAGAGGAUGGAAUGUGAAGCAGAUGAACAGAAACAAGGCUCUGAUGAAAACAUGUCAGAAUGGUGAGAUGUCUAGGCUUUUCUUUUGUCUCAUGUAGCUGUGUAGUGCAUAUUGCUAUAACAUACUGUAUUUCAUUUGACAAGCUGUGAACUACUUGGAGCAAAAUCCUCCAAAGAAAGGGCAUACAAAUUAACGGUACAUGCUGAUGAUUGCAGUAGAGUUGUGAAUAAUGGAAAGGGACUCCAAGGGUCAUCUAGUCCAACCCCCUGCAGUGUAGGAAUGUCAACUAAAGCAACCAAGACAAGUGACCAUCACACCUCUGCUUUAAAACCCGUCCCCAACCUCACAAGAAAUAGAACCACUGUAGAAAUGGAGCCUUUAAUGUUUUGAUUUUUUUUUAGUAGCAGUUGUGCUCUUUCAGGCAGGACAUUAGCUGAGUUCUUGCAUUAAUUUAUAUCCUGUGCUUAUAUACUCAGAAGUAAGUUCCACUGUGUUCAAUUGAACUUACUUUCUAGAAGGGUGUUUAGGAUUGCAGUUCAAAGUUUUGUGCUGUCAAAUGCUUUUGUUGCCAUUUGUAAGGCUGACACAGGCAUGUUUUGGGGGGACAAUAAUAAAAUUGUAGCCAACCAAUGUUCAUAGGAACAGUAAAUUAGUACUUCUAUUAGUAGGGCUAACAAAAUUGAUUCAGGUCUUUUAGACUUGCUGAGUAUAUCUUAACCGCCUUUUGGUAACGCUAAUUAGAUUUUUCUUUGUAGUGCUUGAUUCUAACUAAAACACCAUGCUGAAUCACCACCUUAGUUGCUGCAUUCCAUGGCUUGUUAAAUACUAGACUUAUCAGACCACCCACUUGUUUCCCUCUUUGUUGUUCACUUAUUUUCUCCUUUGACGGGCAGUUUGUUUGGUGAUAGCCUGAAGUAGCUCUUGAGAGCCAGGUUGAGCUAAUGUAUUAGAGGUUGGGGGGGGGAAUCCCUACUCCUAGAAGGCAAGUGACAGAGACAGAGUGUCAGCCUCCCCCACCUCCUUCAGCCCGGCCUGACCUUCUGCACCCCCUCUGUGCCUCUUGUUUUCUUAUUUUUAUAGAAAAUCAAUAUCCUUCCUGACACAAACAAUAGCUCAGGAGCAGGACUAAAUGGGGGAGAGCUGAGAUCUGUCCAUCACCUCUCAAUUUAACUCUUCCAGGCUAUUUAAUUAUAGGCAUGCUUUGCUCCAGGUGUUUGCAACAGUGCAAUUGCUAAAUGAGGGCCAUUUUAACAAAAGAUUGGAUGAUCAAUAACACUCUAUAGCAGUAGCUUGUCGGAUCAAUAGCAUUCAUUAUUUUGUGGUUAAAGUAAGUAGCCUCCAUUGUAACUGGAGGUCAUUAAUCAGUGCUUACUGGACUGCAAGGCCUAUACUAAAGGAUAGUGUGCUUUGCCAUCUGUGUGCAGGGUGAAGAAACUCUGGUUUCCUUGCAUGAACCUUUGGGCUGAAGCUACAGUAAGAUAUAUAAUUCUGUAGACCUGUAACAACCAUCUAGUGAUUUAUUAGUUUAGUUCCACCACCGUACCUUGGGAAUUUGUAGUAGGUGAUGGUGCUUCUAAAACAGAGUGUUAUAUAUAAAAUAUAAAAGAAAUACAAUACGAACUCCUGACAACAUGCCCAAACAAGAAGGCCUUGGUUGGAAGAUUCCCCAACACUGUCAAGUGUUAGAAAUCCAUAUAUAUAAGCUAAUUACCAAAGGCACCUUAAACCUAGGUUGUGGUCGCAGCCACAGAAUGUCUAGGUGCCAUUUUUUUGUGUGGGGUUUAUGUGUAAUUUACUAUUGUUGUUAUUCAUUUCUAUACCGCUUUAUAUUUGAAAGAAAAAAAUCUCGAAGCACUUUUCAACAUAUUAAAACCUUGAAUAAAACAAUGCAGAAUAAAACAAAUCCAAGUUUCAAGGAAAAUAUUUCAGAUCCUUCUCUUAAGUGACAUUUUGCUUUCCCUAUACUGUAUUUAUUUACCUACUUAAAUUUUAUAUAGCUGCUCCAUAGUAGAAGUGCUCUAGGAAGCCUCUUUAACAAAAGACUGGUAUUGAGCUGAUGUCAGGCAUUAUGUUCCCCAUUCCAGUGUGUAAUACGUUUGCAUUUCCUGGAGAUAUUACAAAUGAUGAUGCAAAUUUGGAGUGGUAUUUCUUAUAGCUCAGACUAUAGUGGUUAAGAGUGUCAGAAUAGAACCUUGGAGAUCAGGGUUCAAAUCCCCACUCAGUCAUGAAGCUCACUGGGUGACCUUGGGCCAGUUAUAGCCUCUUAACCUUCCUUGCGGGAUCAUUGUAAGGAUUCUGAGGAUCGGGUGAACCUUGUACUCCUUGGAGAAAAAGGUGGGAUAUAAAUGCACUUAAUAAAGCUUUUCUGCUUACCUGCUUAAGAAAGUUGGGAGUCAGCCAGAUGGAGAAGUCAGUUGCCAAUAUGGCAUCCAGAGAUCUCCACAUGGUUGCAGUUGGACCCACUCCUGUCACAAAACGCACCUGGCAACUAGCGAAUUGCAAACACUGGUUCUGUGAUGUUAUCUUCUGUGGCUGCACUGGAAGCCUCUUUAAUAAAAACUGGUAUUGAGCUGAUGUCAGGAAUUACAUUCCCCAUUCCUGUGUGUAAUACGUUUGUAUUUCCUGUGUGCAAAUUUGGAGUGGUAUUUCUUGUAGCUCAGACUAUAGUGUGAUUGCUUCUUGGAAGUUUUAUAGUAGUAAAAAGCUGGUUUUCAGAAGUUAGAAGGAACAUAAGAAGUACAUAAGAGUUAUUGUAUUUGUAUUCCAUGCUUCAUUAAAAUAGGCCAAAAUGAAAGUUUAAUUUCACAACAAUCCUGAAAGGUGGAUUAUAUACACAGUAACUUGUGCAAGUAACCCAGUGAAGUUCAUGGUUGCAUGCAGCCUUGCAAAUAAGUGUACAGUGGUAUCUUGGUUUAAGAACAGCUUAGUUUAUGAACAACUUGGAUUAAGAACACUGCAAAUCCAGAAGUAGGUGUUUUGGUUUGUGAACUUUGCCUUGGAAGCAGAACAUGUUUCGCUUCCUGUUGAGUGUGUUCCAUUUGUAAAUUGAGUCCCCCGCUGCCAUGGGAAAGCACACAUUGGCUUAAGAAUGUUUUGGUUUAAGAACAGACUUCUGGAACGGAUUAAAUUCGUGAACCAAGGUACCACUGUAAAUGUUACUCGUUACCUUUUUUUAAAAAGCCAGUUUGGGCAUAUGUUAGUACUUUGUAGCAUGGCUGACUUGUCAGACUGCUGUGUCUGGAGGCUGGUUUUAAUUCACUGCAGAUGACCAAAUGAAUGACUAGAAGUUUGUGAGCAGGGAUUCUUCUACCCUGGGUUCAUUAGUUAUCUGUUUGUUAAAUUUAUAUCCCAUCUGCCCUCCCAAAGGUGCUCACACUUAGCAGCACUUAGCCUACUGUAUUAUCUUGAGUUGUUUACAAGAAACUGAGUUGUAUUCAACAAAGUUGUCCUGUCUGUGCAAAACUUCUUCUGUAACUGCUCUUUUCCUCCCCCACCAUGUCCUCCCAAAUCUAUUCUGGGAAUUUCUCCCAACUCUCUGACGCAGAUUAGGGGGGUCGAUGGGGAGAGGAAGAUGUAGGGGAAAUUCUGUUGCGCAAAUGGGACUACUUCAUUGGAUAAAAUCCUGAGAGGCUCCUGAUUAUAUUUUUUGAUUCAUUUUGUAAAAUAAUACUUUAAGAAAGUAAAAGAAAACAGAAUAGUUGACAGGGUAUUGUUUAAGUGUCUGUUUGGUACUGGGAAUUGUUUACUUGACAUACAAUGAAUAGCUAUGGAGCUUCAGAAAUAAUCAAAUUAUUUUGCAUUUUAAUAAAAUAGGCAAAGAAAGUUAAUCACUGUACAUACACCACUAUCCUGUAAGAAAUGUAAGUCCCUUUUCCAAUUGCAUCUUCUUAUCCAUCAGAUUUUGUCAAUGGUGUCCCUUUGUUCUAGUUAACUAAUCUAAUACUCAUCUGCUGGUUAAAAUUCAAGUUUCAUCAGUUAGAGUGACAAAAUUACUUGUAAGGUUGAGAAAUUCUGUAAUGUUGCCACUGCUCAUAAAACAUGUCUCAUAUCAUCAUUCACUUUGCCUUGCAAACACCCAAUCAGUUGUUCUCAUUUUCUUUGUACUCUUAAUUAUUCUGUAACAGAUUGCUGGCAUGUCUGGAGGAGAAUAUAAUUUCAUUCCCUACAGUUAUUUUUCUUCGAAUACAUCUUCUUAUUUGCUCAUUGUGUCAUGAUUGAACAGUGUCAAAUAACUGCAGAACCAACAUUCUUCAUUCCAUGACUAUUGAAGGAAGUAUGUAGAAGUAUGUAGAACAGCCUUUGAACACUUCUUGAAAGCGAGUAACUGAGAGCAGCACACUAAACGGAGUGUAUUUCACCAGUCCUGAAGCAACUUCACUGGUUUCUGGGCAAAAUAGAAAAUGCUGAUGAUUACCUUUAAACCCUUAAAUGGUUUAAGAUCCAGCUCCCCGAAGGCCCAUUUUCUGCUGCAUGAGACUGCCCAAAGGCUAUUAUUUUUAUUGGAUGUCACCAUCCGAGUCUCCCCAAAACACUCAUGCAUACUUUGAAGCUAGAUGGGCAGCAGCCAGAGAAAGGGCUUUCCUAGUGUCAAGUCUGACGUCUUUGCUGGCACUAUGUGAAGACCCUUUUUUAUUUGCCGAGGCCUACAAUAACUGGUUUUAUUGCAGGGAUAGCCAACAUGAUGUUUUGAACUACAAGUCCCAUGAAACCUGACAAUUGACCAUGUUGGCUGGGGGCCUGGGGCUGAUGGGAACUGUAGUCCGAACCAUCUGAAAGGCACCAUGUUGACUACUCCUAUUUUCUUGAUUCUUCUGGUUUUUAUUUGCUGUUGUGCUCUGCUGUUUCUUGUAGUUUAAAUCAUGAAAUGUAACGCGUUCCAAGUGAAUUUUGUGCUUGUCUUUUCCAAUGCACCACAAUAAUUGGAAUUGUUCUAAUCCCAGUAUUAAAUCCCCACAUACAAAUUUAGUGUUCUUGGAAGCCAGUCAUUUUACAAAUAUCUAUAUUACUUGUUUUCAAGUUGAACUUUGGUGUUCAGGGGAGCACCAUCUCUUAAUAGAAUUGCAGUGACCAAAUUGAAAGCCUGGUGUAAUUGGCGGCUGCUUAUGUGCCUCAUAUAAUUCUUUUUUAUAAGACAUGAUGCCAUUUGAAAGAGAGGCUAAAAUAUUGUAUGUUAUGUCGCUGGAACAGGCCAAUAGUCCUGCAUCCUGUUCCAGUGGCCAAACAGAUGCCUGUGGGAAGCACACAAGCAGCACCCUGUCUACCUGUGAUUCCCAGAAAACUGGUAUUCAGAAACAUACUACUUUUGACAGUGGAGGUGUUAAUACACAGUAUUACCAUUGUGUUUGCACUAUAUUCUUCAUUAUGACUGUAGGAGAAAAAGAUAUCACUGGCACACUUUAACAAUUUUUAUCUUGUAUUUUCAUAUUGUGAACCGCCCUUCCUGUACGGAUGAAGAGCAGCAUACAAAUUUAAUUUAUAAUAAUAAUAACACUUACUCUCCCCUAUAAUUGGGUAACUGAAACACCUGUUUGUUUACCCUCUCCUGGUUUCUUUCUUAGUAAAAUAGCAUCUGCAGGAAUAUUAAUCAAUGUCUCUAAACUAAUUUGCUUUUUAGGAUUACUAUAUAUCAAAACCCUUUAUAAGAUUCAUAUAUGAUACUCAUCUAAAUUGAUAGGCCACCACUGUGCUGCUCAUUUAAGUGUCUCCUGACAUCCCAUGUGUGGGUCAACUAGGCUGUAAAGAUGAAUAAAGCAAUACCAUUAUCGUGUGCUGUCUAGAAAGUGCUUUGAGACCCUCCUGCAGUGAAGAGUUUUUGCAAAGUGGAUUAUAUCAAUUGCAUUUGUGCUUAAUUUUCUCUGUUCUCUUUUCAGUGAAACCAGUAGUGUGUGCAGCAGUAGUGACACUGGCCUUUUUACCAAUGAUGAAGGUCGCCAAGGUAACUAUAUUCUUAUGUUUCUCUUCUUUAAUUUUAUGCUUAAAGUAUUUAUACAUUUAUUUAUUUAUUAAAUUUGCAUACUGCCCUUCAUCUGAAGUUAACAGGGCUGUUCACAACUUCAAAAUACAAAAUGAGAACACAAAGUGCAUAAUAAAACAAAAACAAACCAAUAACACACCCACCCAACACAUUUAAAGGGCUAUAGAAUGUUAAUCAGCCAAAGGCCUAGUUAUAGAGAAACGUUUUUGUCUGGCGCCUAAAGAUAUGUAAUGAAGGCAUCCAGCUUAGCCUCCCUGGGGAGAGCAGUCUACAAAUGAAGAGCCACCACCAAAGAGGCCUGUUCUCAUGGAGGAGACACAGUGGUGCCUCGCAAGACGAAAUUAAUUCGUUCCGUGAGUUUUUUCAUCUAGCGAAUUUUUCGUCUUCCGAAGCACGAAAUCCCAUAGGAAUGCAUUGAAAUUCAAUUAAUGCGUUCCUAUGGUCAAAAAAAGUCCAAACAAAGCCAAAUUUGGUACAACAAGAGUUUAUUAAGUGCUCUUUAAAGUCACACAUACUGUAAAGAGCAUUUCAAAAAUUGAAGGAACAAUAAAUUAAGUUUCUAAACAUGACAGAAAAACAUUUAAAAAUCAAUAAAGUGUACAGUACAUUUUCUAAGACUCUGGGGACAACUCGAAGAAGGUUCCUCUUCCACUCUUUGCUUCUUGCUGAAGAACCCCCUCCUCAACUGUUCCCCCAGCCACCCACCACAUAGAAAUUCAAAUCCAGAAUUUUUUUUAAAAAACAGCAGAGUGGCCCAAUGGUCACAGAAAAUCAUAAAAAUGCAGAAAAAAACCACACAAGCCUCCAGAUUCUUGCAAACCCCUCCUCAACUGUUCCCCCAGCCACCCACCACAAAGAAAUUCAAAUCCAGAAUUUUUUUUUUUAAAACAGCAGAGUGGCCCAAUGGUCACAGAAAAUCAUAAAAAUGCAGGGGAAAAAAACACAAGCUUCCAGAUUCUUGCAAACCCCUACCCAGCACCAAGUCCUUGAAUUCCAAACACCCCAACCCAAAAUCCAAAAACCCCCAAAAAAGUUUUAAAAGUUUAACUUACCAAAUGGCUGCAAAAGAAGUUUUGGAAAAGCUUCAAAAAUCACCAAAGUUUUCAAAAACCUCAAAAAAGGCUACCACACCGUGUUCUAUGAGUUGCUUCUCGAAGUCAAGUCACAACUGUAUUAACAGUGUUAAGAAAAAGGAAACAAACUUGCAAGACGUUUUCGUUUUUCGUCUUGCAAAGCAAGCCCAUAGGGAAAUUCGUCUUGCGAAGCAGCUCAAAAAACGCAAAACCCUUUCGUCUAGCGAGUUUUUCGUCUUGCGAGGCAUUCGUCUUGCGGGGCACCACUGCACUUGAAGAAGGUCUUUGGAUGAUAAUUGCAGACUAAAGCUUAUUCCAUAAUAAAUGUGUUAGUCUUUAAGCUGCCACAAGACUUUCUGUUAAUUUAGAUCAUGACUCUUGUUCAGUAUCAAAACAGUCCUCUUUUGUUACUUUCUAAAUCAUAAUAAAACUGGAGAGCUAGCAAGCUGUCAGAGAAUAUUUAGCAGCAUCCAUGUUGAGAAAUAUAGAAUAUCAGAAAAAAAUGGCCAACUGCUCAGCACUGUGCUUUUUUGAUGUGUAAGGAUGAAGUAGAAAAGACCACUACUCAGAGUUAAUGUCCUAAUUAGGUAAGUGUUAGACAAUAGGAGUACCAGAGUAUAUUGGGUUUCAUGUAUUCUUAAUUGGUCUUGUAGAGAGAAAAUGGUAUGCCUUUUCUAAAUGCUUAUGUUUUGUGUUUGGUUUUGUUCAGUAAACUUGUAAUUGUUCUUCUGUUGCAACAAAUCUAUGCCUUCCUUCAAAGCAGUGAUUUUCUCUUGGGGCAGUUGCAUUUUCUCAGCAUUGAAAUACUGUGUGUAUUUGAGAAAACAUGACACCCCCCCCCCACGUUUGUGAGUCCUGUUUGAAUCCCCCCCCCAGUUUUUUGAAGGCUGAGGGGUCUUCCUCUAGCUUUCAAAUUCAGGUUGAUUUUUUUUGGUCUACAUAUAUAUAGUUUAAGAAUAAGAAUAAGAAUUUAUUAUUUCUACCCUGCCCAUCUGACUGGGUUUCCCCAGCCACUCCGGGUGGCUUCCAAUAGAAUAUUAAAAUACAAUAGUCUAUUAAACAUUAAAAGGUUCCCUAAACAGGGCUGCCUUCAGAUGUCUUCUAAAAGUCUGGUAGUUGUUUUUCUCUUUGACAUCUGGUGGGAGGGUGUUCCACAGGGCAGGUGCCACUACUGAGAAGGCCCUCUGCCUGGUUCCCUGUAACUUGGCUUCUCGCAGGGAGGGAACCUCCAGAAGGCCCUCGGCACUGGACCUCAGUGCCUGGGCUGGAUGAUGGGGGUGGAGACGCUCCUUCAGGUAUACUGGACCAAAACCGUUUAGGGCUUUAAAGGUCAGCACUAACACUUUGAAUUGUGCUCGGAAAUGUCCUGGGAGCCAGUGUAGGUCUUUCAAGACAGGUGUUAUGUGGUCUCGGCAGCUGCUCCCAGUCACCCAGUCUAGCUGCCGCAUUUUGGAUUAGUUGUUUCCGUGUCACCUUUAAAGGUAGCCCUACAUAGAGUGCAUCAUAAAGCUGUGCAGUUGCUAAUAAAAUAUUUCUUACCAUAGACAAUGAGUUAACAAUUAAACGUGUUCUUGUGCUCAGACAUAAAGGACAAAUUCACCUUGGAACACAAACAAUAAUGUUCAGACAUUUUGUAAUACAUGUAGGAUAAAGUUCUGCGUUCUAGGUACAUGAGCAAACAUGAUGGUUCUAGCAAGGAAUAUUCAUACAAGUAUUCAUACAAGUGAAUGCUGCUUAUUUCAUUGUUAUAGCUUGGAGAGAACCAACAGUGUUUAAAUGAUUUGAUUUUUGGAGUGUUGGAUCAGUUUUUUCCUUCUCUUUUAGGUGAUGAUGAACAGAGCGAUUGGUUCUAUGAGGGAGAAUGUGUCUCAGGAUUCACAGUCCCCAACCUCCUGCCCAAGUGGGGAACUGACCGCCAGUCUGACAUGGAACGAAUGGAUUCCAGCCUUGAAAAAAUCUCAGAUCCAACAUUCCUUCUGCCCUCUCGGCCAGCUACGAGAGGUGAGAUUCUCAAUAAGUGUUGUGGAGAUAGUUGACACAGUUGAAAUGCUUGUGGGUAACGUCUGGUUUUGUGUGAGUAGACUCCUCCUUCCUUUUCCUGCUUGUAUCUUUUAAAAUCUGCUGGGGGUGGGGCUCUGGAGAUGAUAUGGAGCUAGAAGGGGAGGAGUGGGGGAGAGAGGUUGUGUAAGUGGAGGUUCAUUGUGCAGUCAGACAGACACUGUAUGUCAGUCAGAUUCCUUAAUAGAUGCGUGAAAUUUGUCACUCACCAUGUAGCUGAGAAGCAAAUACUAAUUUAUUGUGGAUAAGCGCAGGCUGACUUACAGAAAGGUGUUCUGACUAUGUAUGAUUAUGCCUAUUAUCCUAAGUAGCUUGGUCAGUACCUUCAACUUUCAGUGCUCUUAGUGUGAGAAUACUACUCACUCAGCAUGCAUUACAACAGUGUCAGAAGAGGGUGCUUUAACCCAUGCUGCCUUCUUGCUAUAUGGCUAUGGUCACUCUUCAUAUAGGUUAUGUAAAUAGAGAGAAAUAUAGAGAGCAUAACAGCAUGCCCAAGCUCCACAAAAUAUUGUAGGUAGAUUUGGAAAUUGGAAUGCAGUCUAGUUUCUUGUUUCUGUAUUACAACGAACUGUUUAUUGUGGUCUUUGUUUUGAUAGUGUUCUGUCUUCAGCGUUCUCUUCUUUCCUCUCCCCACCCAGGGUUUCAUGCCCGCUUGAACCGUCUUCCCAGUGUUCCUACCCGCUGCCUCAGGAAGGGCCGUAGGAGGCUGGUGAGCAAGGUAUUGCUUUUUUGAGAAUAGUAAUUUGUUGGUGACUGCUGCAUCACUUGCGGGAGAUCUACCUGCAGUUGAAAGUGGACCAUGCAACAAUUUGCCCAGCCACAUUUUCCAUCUUUGACCUGUUUUCAGUUCAGUUUGGGGUUGUAUGUUCAUACUUGUGAUUUUUUUGCCCCAGUCCACUUUUUGUGUUGUCUCCACCUUCAACUCUGUCCACCUGUAGCAGAGAGUCACAGAAUCAGAAAACCAGAUAAUAAAAUAAUCAUUAGGAGCUGGAACCCUUCCAAUACAUAUUAUUUAAUACUUAUUAUUAAAGACAGAAAAUAAAGCUUUGAUUGGUUAUGAUGGUUCCAACCAAAGCAGGAACAUGUAUAUAAUUUGACUGGAGUUUUAUAUGGUUGCUUAGCUGGAGAAAGUAGAAUAAAUAAAAAAUGCAAGCACUUCAAGAAAACCAGAAGUGCACUCCUUGAAGCUGGAGACACAAGUUGAAACAUGAUCCUGCAGGGGUAGGCAGGGAAAGAAGGUAGAAGCAGACCACUCCCAAUGCCUCUCGCAGGAAAGAGCAUGAAAUCCUGUUCAGGAGCUAUUUUACAACUGGUUCAGAAGAGGAACAAAUUUAUCUUUGGGUUUUUCUUGGAUUGACAUUUGGUCCGAUUCAGCAGUAAACAGCAGGUUUUCCUGGGGAAAGUGGUGGGACAAAAUACUGUCUCAGACCCUUGAUGAUAGAUCGAUACAAAAUACUUGACCAAAUCACAGGACAAACAAAAGUUUGAAUGGGCCUUAAAUUUGCUUCAUGUGUUGACAUAUGUCAAAACUUCUUAGCUACUUGCAAAUAGUCAUGGUAAAGCUAAUUUUAAGAAGUUAAAAAGCUUCAGGAAACUAGACAAUAAGUCGGUGCUGAGGAAAGGAGGGUGGCUGGCUAUAAAAGUGCAGUAUAAUAAUAAUAAUAUUAUUAUUAUUAUUAUUAUUAUUAUUAUUAUUAAUAAUACCCCGCCCAUCUGGCUGGAUUUCCCCAGACACUCUUGGAUGGCUUCCAACUGAAUAUUAAAAACAAUACAGAACUGGAAGAGCCAUUUGUAAGGUGCAAGGAAGGAAUCCCUGAAAUGCAGUAUUCUUAGCUGGGGUGGAAGAUUCUGUAAUACGUAGUCACUGGUAUGUGGUGUGGAACGUGUGUUGUGUUUAAAUGCUGAAAGGUAAAGGCUGUUGACUGCAGGGCUUCUGGUUUUGAGUUAUGCAUCAUAAGCAUUUGUAUGGUAAAGCUGGAGUUCUGGAACCACUGCUUUCUAAGCUUUAAGGGGCAGGUUGAAUAUAGUUUGCAGAGUUUGUUGUGGGAAGCUGGACCCUUUAAAUAGUUUACUCACCUGGAGCUCUCACUGAAGGAAAAUUAAUCCUUGUCUGAGUGGAAGUUGGAAGCUCUGUGGGUUGGAUCCAGGCAUCUUCCUCUGUAAACAUAAUUCCUUGUGUUUUUGGACAGGACUCUGAUGUAGACUCUUUUGGAGGCAGAGUGAGGCAGGGUGUGUCCAUUUUAGCCAAUUUCCUCUUGUACCACUUCCAAUACUGGAGUGUAGGGUCUCCCAAACCUGCAUAGAAGAUAUUUGGAGAGAUGCACAAAGGGAAGGGAGAAUGGGCAAAAGUUGCUUCUCGCCUCCCGCCUUGUGGAAUUAGUAAGAUUCCACUCAAUGUAACUCCAGAUCUUGUCCUGUGCAUUGGGGGUUUGUGUUCAUAAAGCCUAUAUGUUAACUGGUUCAUCUGUACAAGAGAGUGGUGUCCCUUCCUUUUUUGUUCUCUGUCUUUGACAGAUUUUUCACACCCCAGCUCUAUUAAUCUUGCUAAGUUAAAUAUUGUUGAAUUGCAGAUUUAGUUGUGGUGAAUACAGUGCCUUUGACUAGGGCCCUAAGCUUUUAGGAGGCACUUCUAAUGAACCAAAAUAAGAAUAAUAUUUACUUGUUUAAUUUAUCUUCAUCACCUUAAAGGGAUCUAUGUCAUUUGCAGUGGAGGUCACUGCUCUCCCUCCCCCAUUCUCUUCUAAAUUGUAAUAAUAAAUAAUGAGUUUCAUUCAAAGCUCCCCGCCAGCGAGCUGCUAAUUACCCAAAGUACGGCUUGUAAUUUACACAGUAAUAAACCGUAAAUUUAAACAUUACGGCACUUUAAGUUAAUAAUUUCUCUACUGUAACAAAUAGCCUAUCUUUCACCCCUGCUGCUGCUUCCCCACAAACCUUGCAUGUGAUAGUGUUCAGAGUUCCUGGCCAUAAGCUACCCAUUGAUGAUCAGAUCCUGAUCCCAAUCUCCUGGCAAUUUGUUCUGUGUCGCAAGCAACCUCAUGCACAGAACUGUGAGUAUAUGCAACUACAGGACACUGAGCUGAGUUUCUGAAAGCUAUUUUAUCGACUAAGAACAUACCAUUACCCUCUCUGUCUUGGGUACCUUUGCUUUUAUUCAUGUGAAAUAAUAAGUCUGGGGGUACCAGAAAUGACUGCAAGCUGUCUCAUGUGAUUAAUCACUUGUGAGGGAUGGGUAAUGUUUCAGAUCGGAGGGCUGAUCUUGGAUGAGUGACCACAUUUCUUAUAUUCUAAUCCAGUCCUAGGUGUUUGUUGUUUUACAUGCACAAACAAGAGCAGACUAAUCAGUUUUUAUAUGGGACUUGCUCAUUUACUCAAGAUUGUUAAGUAGUUCUGGUUAACACAGGUAGAACAUGAUGUGACAUAUAUACACUUUAAAAAAAAACCCCACAUGCAGCACCACUGAAACACUUCAGCAUCUGUUGACCCUAAUGAACUGGAGCAGAAAAUAAGUGAAUUAAGACUCUUGUGGCUUUAGGUCAGAGCUUUUAAAUAACCAAGAGCAAAGCGGGUGGUCUUAAACAUUCCUUUCCUACUUCCCUAAACAGAGCAGAAAAAAUGCAAGCCAAUGAAAGAAACACAGAAGGAACUUGAAGCAAGAGGAAAUAAAAUCCUCCUCACUUUCUGCACAAUAACUUUAAUAGGGAUAGUGAAUGUAUGAAACUUUAACAUCUUCAUGUGAAUGUUUGAGAUUUUAUUUAGGAGUAAAAUUUCCUGUUCUUAAAUCACUCCCAGCAAUAUUCAGACUGAAUCCAUCUUGUUCUUGAGACAUUGACCAUACUGCGACUUCUAGCUAUAUGCUUAUUGGACAGUUCAGUAAUAUUUUGGCCCUUCUGGAUAACCAUGUCAUAGGAAACAGAGAGACAGUGUUAGUUCUAUGCGGUGUAGGAAACAUGAAUUUCCAUUACAUUUUUCUCUUAUCAGCAUGAAGGUUAAUAAUAAUAAUAAUAAUAAUAAUAAUACUACUAAUAAUUUAUUAUUUAUACACCAGCCAUCUAGCUGUGUUUCUGGGCGGCUUCCAACAAAAUACUAAAAAUACAUUAAAACAUCAGUCGUUAAAAACUUCCCUAAACUGCCUUCAGAUGCCUUGUUGCAAGGCUGCUGGAGUCACACUUCUUGAUUGCUCAGAGGGUAAUGCAUUGAUUCUGACCCCAUGUGAACAAGAAUGCGCUGUCUUAUGAGUGUGUCAUGUGUGUCUGUGCUGCCUGAUUUUUGGAGGGAGAGUGCCUGAGGCUCAUAUUGCAUGUGAUAGCAGCAGACCUGUUUGUUUAAGCCUGAGUCUGCCCCAAUCACACAUAGAAAUGGAGACAGGAGACCCAGUUUUAAGAGCGUAUGGGGCACAUCGGUGAGAGGAACCAAGCCUGCCUUUCUGCUGCAGCUUACCUUCCUGAAGUCCCUCUCAGCAGGUUCUCUUCGGUAUCCAACCCUGACAGUCCAGGUAACAUACUAUAGGGAAUUAGCUGGGGGAGGGUUUAGCUCCCAAUACCUGUGUGCCCCUCUUCUCUUAAAAUCUGCCUUUCACUGCAUCCUUUUUAAAACCCAGUUGAGGCAGGCCCAGAUUUAAAUAAAUAGGCCAUCCAUUGUCAUCUGCCAUUGUAGCCUCAGCCCUCCCCCCUGUCACUUUGUGUUUCAGGAGACCAUCAUGAGUGCUAUGGGCACUGAGAGGAUUAGCCACAUCAUUGGUGAUUCCUGCCAAAAAGAGUAAGCACCUGAAUGCUGCUGACAGGUCUAUAAGUCGGGGGAGGGGGAGGCUCAUAAUACAGAAUUUGUCCCUUCUCAACUUGCAGAGAGGAUCCUCCCAUUUUAUUAGAAAGCCAUCUCUUAAAGAAGGGGUGAUGUGCUUGCCUUUCUGUAUUCCUGUUGCAUUUCCUAUCCUUUUCCCACUGUUCUAAAAAAAAAAAAAGCCAGUGCAAUGCUCCUGUCAAUGUAAUCAUCUUCCUCAUUCUUGCACUAUGUGAAAUGGCAAAAGGCACAAGAACCCAGCAUAGACUAAUAAAAGAAACUUCAGUAUUAGAAGUACCUGAGCUGCUGGGCUAUGGUAGGGAGGGUACCCAAGGUAGUCACCAGCUUCUGCUACUAAUGAAUGAUCUACAUUUCUGAAUUAGUAUAUCCUCUUGGACAUCACAGAUGUGGGUGGGUGGAUGAGCAUGCCUGAAAUUUCCCUUUUAUUUAUGGGGUGCUGGUUUCCCUACUCUUUGCUGUUAAUUUAAGUGUGGCAUCCAUUGGAUUGAGUUUCUCUCAUCCAUUGAUACCCAGAUUAAUUCCCCUUGCCUUAAACCUGUCUUUAAUGCAUCUGUCUUACAUGGAUGUUUAAUCCUCUUCUUUUCUUCUCUGUGCAUCUGUUUCCCCUUCCUUUUUUUCAAUUCUUUUCUCAUGCUUCCUCCAAUUUCGUCUCUUCUACCAUCUCUCUAGUUUCUGGUUGCCGUCAAUGGGAAUGAGAGAUCGCAACCAGGUAAGAUGGCUGUACUUUGCUUCUCUUGUAUAUUCUUACUUGAUUUCUGUCUCUAGAAAGAAUGAAGUCGUGGCCUCCAAUUUCUUCCACGUUUACAGCCUGUGUGCAAGAAGUAAGGCCGAAAGACCUUCCUUUGGUCAUACACUGUAUGCUGGAAGACCUUACUUCACAAUGACUCCUUGUAUCAAACAGCGCCCUAGGGCCUAAAACUUUGGCCUUCUCCUACAUUUCCCCUCUUUCUAGCUGCCUUUCCAUCUAGCUUUCUGAUUAUUUAAAGCAUUUUUGGGGUGCAUUUUUCUAUCGGUUCAUCUUGAAUCACCAAUAAAGUGUAGUGGUUAGAGCAUCAGACUAGGACCUGAGAAUCCAUGGUUCAAAUCCCCUCUUGGCCUUUGGCUCAGCUGGUGAUUUUUAGGCUGAGAAAUACUGACUGACCCGACCUAUUUCACAGGGUUAUUGUGAGGAUGAAAUGAGGAGAGGGAGAAACAUGUGCCACCUUGAGCUCCUUGAAGGAGAGGUGGGAUGUAAAUGUAAGAAUAAAUAAAUUAUAAAUUUUCAUGUGAUUUUCCAGAACAUAGUGUCUUCUCCCUCUGCCCCUUUUAAUUUUUUGUUCAUUAUCAAUAACAACAGCAUUCUCUCCCUGUCUUCAAAAGAAGUCUUACUGCAUUUGAUAGUUGCUUUAACUUGGUUAUUUAGUCAUGCUGGUACUUUCUUAGCUCUGCUGGUAAGACAGAGAGAAAGCUGGUAAUUCCAAGUAUAUUUAGAGAUGGUUUUUCUAUGUUCUGGUUCCCACUGCUAAUAGGGAGAGCCACUGAAUAUUUACACUUCAGUUCUCCCAAUUAAAUUUGCAGCCUCAACUAACUUACACCAGUAUAAAGGUUAAUGGACUAACUCCUGAAUGUACAGAGUUGUUGUUAGUUCAGUUACAAUUUAAUCAAUUAGAUGAGGUCUGUGUUCCUCAUUUGAUAGUAAAAAAUAUAUAUCUUAAUAAGCUCAAAAGUGUAGUAUAAAAAUCUGCAGUGACAUACUUCAUUUUGAACUCAUAAUCCAUCUGAAAGUGAAUCUGAUUACAGUAUGCCCAAACGUUUUCCAACCAGCUGUUCACAUUAUUUUGAAGUUCCUUGGGUUUUAUAGUGAGCUUCCAGCAACUGGAUAACUUAUAUGUUUAUAUUGUUCAAAAUUAAAGUAAGAGGGUAUCUAUUUUUAAAGGAAAUAGUGCUUUUUUGCAGUACCCAGUCAAUCUAGCAAUUUGAAUUUCUUUGAAGUUUGGUUGGGAGCAAGUGGUAAGAGGCACUACAGUUGUUUAGAAGGUUGGAAUUUGCAGACUUCGAUAGAGAUAGUUGAUAGGGUAAAAACUGACAUCUUGCAAUGCUGUAGUUUAUUGGCGCUUUUCCUUACUAUUUAUUUAAGUUCUCUGUGAUUGAAGAUUGAACUGAUCCAGCUGUUUAGCAGGGCCUUUCUGAGACUACACUACAACAGACAGGUUGAUGGGGAGUUGCAUGUUAAAGUCCUCUCAUGCACAUGGGAGGAAGCCAUUGAGGUCAGCUGUAUCAUUGACAUGUUAGUUUUGCACAUGCAGGAAGAAUGUCUGUAGGCAUCCAACUGUUUAAUUCACUCCUUCUGGACCACAUGGACUAUAUCAUAUGUUCUGUUAAUGUUUGAAUAGUGUUUAGGUUUUUUUUUUUAAAGAACCUCAAGUGUUGCUCCCUUGCCUUCCAGAAGAAAAUAUUUCUCAUUGUGGUAAAAGUUUUGUUCUUUUUCUGGAGAAAUAAAUGCAGUAUGCUGUGAUCAUUAGUACUGGUGAAGCUGAUUGCUUCAGUUGCUCACAUCUCUGUAAAGAACAAUUUGUUUCUGCAGUUGAGUUUUGCAAAUGAUCUUCUUGUGAUGCUAAAGUGGCAUCUAUGCUGGUGGUUCUCAAGUUGACUAUGAUCAAAGAAACAUCUCGCAGUGAAGGUGGAUGUCGAUCUCCUUUGUACACAGCUCUGUACAAAUGAAAACAGACUUAAUUGGUAGAGGUUUUCUUUCUUACGUGAGAGUGGAGAAAGGUGUUGCCUUCUCAACUAGGUGUGUUCGAAGUCUAUUUGGUUUUCUCCUCCAGAUGAGUGAGCAGUGUGGCCUGGGGUCAGAAAUUGGCCUGCCGCUACAUAUGGAAUGUAAGACUCCAGAUAAUGUGAGAGACUGGGUAAGGAUAGUUCAACUGUCUGUAUUCAGUUAAUGUUACUAACCAGUGUUGUUAACCAAUUCUCUCUUGUCUUUCCAGUUCAAUCCACUAUCUCCUCUCUAUUCUUUGGAUGUUCUUGCUGAUGCUUCUCACCGAAGGUGCUCACCAGCACACUGCACAGCCAGGUAACCAUCACCUUCUGCUUUCAUUGUGAGGAAUGGUAUGGUAUCUCUUGGUUUGUGGAGUAUGCAUGUCAGAAACAAAUUGCAUAGGUGACUUCCUUUUCUACUUCCUUUUCUACUUCUUUGGGUUAAAACAUUUUUAUCCUGCUUUUCCUCAAGAGUCCAAGGCAGCAAACUAAAUGAGAGAUUUACAACAACCACAGAACUGCGCUGCAGCAUAAAACAAAUACCAUUAAAAAUACCCAUUAAAAUGAUAAUACUCUGUUGGUUUCUGUAUUGAAUUUGAAUUGAUUUUAUGUAUAUGUUGUUAGUGUUACAUGUGAACUGGGCCAAUGAAUUUGGAUGACUGAUACCUGGACAAGGAGCAGACUUUGUGUUGUGCAUUAGAAAGCUCAAUAUAAUAGCGAGGGAAUAAUUGAAUAGGGAGGUUAAAGAAAUUUUAAAUGUGAGGAAUGGCUCUAUCCAUUAUUCAAUUUAGCCUGGGAGUCUGAAGAAAAUGCUAACUAAAAGUAGAAAAUGUAAAAAUCCAAAAUAGCCACUUCAAAUUAUUGUCACGGGAGCGGACAACAUAUAUUAUAUGAAGGAUAUUUUAUUAUUUAAUCUGGUGCCUCAGUGAAGGGAUAUGUGAGAUUAGGAAGAAAUUUUCAUUUGAGAUCUUUGAAGCUUUCUCUCUUGUUCUAUAGUUCUGGCAGAAUGUCAUGACUGGUGAUGAAAUGUUAAGUGGAGUGGACUUGUGCUAGAGCAGGCAUAUCCAGCUCCCAAGAGACUGUGAUCUACUCCCAGUAUAAAAAACUGGCAGUGAUCUACCCAUUGUCAUUGGAGGGAGGAGGAGCAUGCAUGGGGUGAGUGGAUUGCCCAGAAUUGCUGAGCUUUUUUUAGGAGGAAAGUGCCCAGAGUUGCUGAGCUUUUUUUGGAGGAUUGCACAGAGGUUUUUUUAGCUUUCCCCACAUAACUUUUUGUACACGAUAAGGAUCCCGUGAUCUACCAGGAUCAGCUGGGGAUCUACCAGUAGAUUACAACCUACUGGUUGGACAUCCCUGUGCUAGAGGGUCAAGAAGGUUUCAUUUGCAUUGCUAAAAUGGAAAGAUUCAGUAUUAUUUAACAACCCAGACUUGGGUGGGCAAAUUCUACUCUAAUAUGUAGCUUGUCUUGUCCUUUUUGAGCCAUUUGUAAUGUUUAUUAAACCUAUUGUUUCAGUACCUUGUUCACUUUUUUGUCAUUUGGCACACAUACUCUGUAGAGGUGUGUGGUUGGAAGUACCUUACCUUAUGGCAGGAACUUGCUUAGAUAACCUUAAUGUUCUCUGCAGCUUUUAUCCUGUUAUGAUGAUGAAAGCCAGUAGCUUAAACUUGGAUGAGCCUUGAGCUCAGCUUGUAAAUAGCUAUUUGUCAAGUUUCUGGUAGUGAAUUUAAUCUGAUUCCAAGUGAUGUUUUUAAGCUUUAGGUCAGGCAUAGGCAAACUCGGCCCUCCAGAUGUUUUGGGACUACAGCUCCCAUCAUCCCUGACCACUGGGAUGGGAGUUGUAGUCCCAAAAUAUCUGGAGGGCCGAGUUUGCCUAUGCUUGCUUUAGGUCUUACUUUGUAUUUCUGAUGACGGACAUCUGUGUAUAUAUACAGUUAGGUGAGCAAGUAAACAUGUUUUGGGGCUUGUAACUUAUGAGUGGGCCCUGCUAAUGGGUGGGAAUCAAUUACCGGUAGUCCCAUCAGUGGAGGACCUGCAUAAGGAACUCCCCUUUCCAAAAUUGGCUUGUGAGGUGUGGUCAGUCUGGAGAACCCCUGGAAUAGCAUUCAGGGGAAGGAGUGGGGGAAUUGUUCCUUCAGGCAAGCUGAAAUGACAGCUGAUCAGCUUAGCACAAGGUGAAUUCCUCCCAUAAUUUCCAAGCUUAUUGAGGCUGUAUUACUUAAGAGAGAUAAUAUUCUGGCAUGUAGCAGAAAGAAAAGCAUCCUUCAAAAAGUGCAGCACCUUGGGCCAUAGUUGCCCAUACUAGCUCUAUGCCAUGUAAAUUAUUUCCCUACUGCUCAAACUGCCAGUUCUUAUAAGCACUGUCUGCCUCCGGAAAGCCUUUCACAAAUGUAUUAUGCAAUUGGAAGCACUGUUAUCAGGCAAAUUCUGUUUUUUUCACCUGUCUGCCUUAACCUAUGUUUUCUUUACCUCCCUAGUGGUUUCCGGUGAAAUUCAUCUAGGUAGCAUAGUCACUGUCUUGUAACCCAUUGCUUCAUUUAAACAGAGCCGCCAGCCAGAUUGCUGAGUGUAGAGCCAUGGGUGUGCGAGGAGCAGCUUUUUGGUGUCAAGGAGAAGGCUCUGCAUGGAGGGUUCCUUGGAAGAUGCAGUUAAAAGGCUGUAUAAAUUGUAGUAUACCAAGACUUUCUUUUCAGCUGUCUGUCUGUGAUGUGGUGAGACUUCUCUCAAAGUGUCAGAAGCAGCACUGGGAAUUCCACACCCAUCAUUAGAAGUGGUGUGGGAGGGGGGGUGGGUUUGGUGACUCUUAUCAUUAGUAGUAUAAUUUUAUUUUGCAAAGCGACGAGAGUCGUCCCCCCUCCCCCGCUUUCCCUCCCUUUUUGCCAUCCUCCUUGGGGAUAGUUGGUGUAUUAAUUUGCUGUAUUGCCUCCUGGCUGUUCCCAGGCUGUUUUGAUUCUUCAUCAUGGAAUUUUAAUGGCCUGCCGCUUCUUGGGAGGCAUGUGAGAGAGCGCAUCUCAGGGACCGCUUUCCUUCUUUUCACAUGCCUGUAAUUGCGGCUCUUUAAGAGCACAAAGCAUUUACUAAUCAUGCCAUGUCUCUUGUAGCUUCUGUUUGACAAUGCACUUUUUAAAAGUGGAAAGCAUGAAGAAGUUGGCAUUGAGAAUAUGUUCCUCAGUACCAGUGUGAAUUGCAUUGAGGUAGCAGGUUGAACUUACUGCUUUCCAUGUAUCUAGGUGGCAGAAUAAAGGUUCCCUGUCUUCACUUUCCUUGGAAAUGCUUAGAGCAGGAAGCCUUUUUUAGCCUGGGCAAGUUUCUGGGGCCACAUUCCAGUGGUACGUGGGGCAGAUGUGCACAUUAGUUAUAUAUUGCCCAUACAAAAGUUGGCAGUUAAAAUUCUCCAUCCAGGCAAGCAAAAGGCAUUGCCAGAGGUCAAAGACAUCUCAGCCAGGCAAAAGCACAGAGCAUGGCCAGUGAUGUCAGGGGAGUCCCAAGGGUUGGUUAGAUGACUGGGGAGGGGUCACACUGGGCGCCUGGGCUUGAGCUUCCUCGUUCCUGGCUUAGGGCAUUCAUUGGCUUAGUGGUUGGCUAGUUGGCCAUUUCUUAGUAUAGCUCAAGAUUUCCUAAGCAGAGCCAAGCCUCCCAAUUCUUUCCACUGGUUAAGACCAGGUCUUAUUAAGAGUCUGGUCUCAGUAUGAGAUCUGCCAAGUUCAAGUUGAGACAGGAUUAAUAUGUGGCCCAUGUCGCCAGAGGAAAUAUAACCCAUGAAGAGUGCUAAAGCAGAGCCCAUACUGUGGCGGCCACAGAUGAAAAUCUCACUGCAGCAUGAUAUACAAUCAACCUAUAUUAUGAAACCCACAUUCAGAGUUGCAAACAGUGGUAAUGCAUUAGGUGCCUUUCUGAACCCUUGGAAAACAUUUUUCUCGUCCUGGGUCACCAUCUUUCUGGUAGGUGCUUGUAAAUGUAGUUUAAGGAGGAACACCAAGUAGACAACCAAACCAUCUCUUUAUCUGUGUCUGCUGUGCUGCCAAAUGCAGGUGCUGCAUCAUCAUAGGUAGCUCCAUAUUGGGAGUGUGUGUGUGUGUGUGUGUGUGUGUGUGUGUGUGUGUGUAUUAAUCACUGAUGGGUGCUAGUGGCCAGCAUAAUGGAAAAGAAAUACAGAGACCUCUGUUGAAAGUUGCUCGUGAAUAUUGUGAAGAUGUGUGGCAAUGGUUCCAUGCUGUUGUUUUGUUAUAAACACAUCUGAUGCUGACUGUUGGAGAAGAGGGUGGAGAUAAUCUCCCUAGGGCUACAUUUUGGAUAGGCCAGUCUGGUUGCCAGUCUCUCUAGUACAUGUGUAGGGAAUUUUUUUUUGAUGAAUUGCUUAUCAUUUGUUACCAGGACACUUUUCUGUGCUGUGCAAUGGGUUAAUCCUUGCAUGCAAAGAUGUUGUGUUCACUGGAUGGGAUGAGCAACUUGUAGUGAUUUCUACCUAUGAUGUGCAGAUCAGAAUUGGGUGCCCAGCUGGCUGGUGGUGUUUCAAAGAGGAGAAGGAUCUCUGUUCUCACUAUUAAUUUUGACCUUUGAAGGCAUCAGAAAUAGCCCCAGGUGGUACCUCAAGGCUUAGAAAAAGCACCUUUUAUGCAUCUGGUAUUUGCAGUGGAAACUGUAAGUACAACUGCAACAGCUGAGCUGAAUACUGUCACAGUAGCAAUACCCUUGAUAGGAAGUGUGUUCUACUGAAUGUUUCCUUCUGCAUGAGGAUAGCCGAACUAAUUAUUUUCAAGGCGAUCAGUUAAUAAGCACAUUUCCUUCCUUGCAUUGGUACAAUCCAUAUAUUUUGCUUUCUAAAACGGGGAAAAUACAAGAGUCUUCAACUGUAUUAUUUUUCACCUGAAACACUUUUCUGUUCCAAAGGGAAUGCUUUGUAUGGCUGUCUCUCAGAAGGUCAAUUGCAAUUAAAUGUACAUUUCAAGAAGGGUGCUUGUUUAAUGUACAGUAAUACCUCCAUGAACGUCUGUCCUGUCGACCGUCCAUUUUGGCAAACGUCCACUGUAAACCCGGAAGUACCGGAACAGGUUACUUCUGGGUUUGCCGCUCGCGCAUGCACAGAAGUGCUAAAUUGCGCUUCACACAUGCGCAGAGCAGCGCUUUGUCGAGCAUCCCUUUCGUGGAGCGUCCGGGGCUCCGGAAUGGAUCCUGAACUCAAAACAAGGUACCACUGUAGAGGGUUCCUUGAGAUGCCUAAUUCCAUCUUGUUUGCAUUAUGCAUAGGGGAAAACAAGGCUCACUUUUCUGGGGGAGUGGAGGGAGCUCUAUUGCCAGCCUAAAUAUGAUGAUUCUAGUGUUCCAACCUAAUGCAUAUUAGACAAGAGAGUAAAACUUCACCUGCAGUUGGGAGUUUCCACCUCUGCAGAUCAACCUUAAGAUCUGUGUAUGGUGUCCUGCUUUAUGUGCCUGCCAGUGAAAUCAGUGAGGUUGGUGAGUGCAUGAAGCAAGCCCUUCUUGUUAUUUAUUUUAUAAAAAAUAAACAAAGGGACUGUCAGGAUGGUGUUUGUUGCCUUAAUUUUUUAAUCAUUAUACUUUAUUUCUUCCUUUUUAGGCAGACCAAUAUACAUCUCGGACCCCCAUGUUCAAGGGACAUAAAGAGAAAGAGGAAGCCUGUAAUGGCAACAGCCUCCCUUUCCAGCCCAACUUCAGGUAAAUUGGCUAAACCUCAGUAUAAAUGGUUAAUGAAUUAGGGGGCUACUGUUUUGAAGGAGCAGGAAAACAUCUGAAUUUUAAGAAAGACCUGCCCUUUCAGCUGUUCCCCUGUGAGAUACGGAGGCUUCCCAGGGCAAGGUUGUAUCACUUGCAUUGCACAAAUGCCACAUUUAGUAUUGGAUGCAGAAAGUUCAUUUUCUACUCCUUGUGACUGUGGCAGUCAGUUGGAUAAUGCCUGAUGAAUAAUCAAAAGGCAGCUUUUCUGCAGUUUGCUUGCUGUUAAAAAGUUCAGUAAAAAAUAUUUAGAAAAUAAUAAUCAAAAGGCAGUGAGGGCACUCAGCUCCUGGUGGCCAGGAAUAGGGCUUCAUAAUAUUUCCUUGCUCUUCUGCCUUCUGUGACUAGCAGGGGCAGAAUUGGUCAUGCAACCAAGUAUAUGCAUGUUAAUUUAGCUCAUGUAAUUUAGUUUGCAGAACUUGGCCUUCCUUUGCACAUUAACAUCACUUUUUUAAAAAAAAGCACAGAGUUUACCCCAGCCUUUUCCAACCUAGUGACCUGCGGCUGUGCCGCCUAAAGUUGAUGGGAAUUGUAGUCCAAACUAUCUGGAGGCCAGCAGUUGCAAAGUCUGGUUGACACAGUCCAACUACUAGUAGUGAAGUGUUUGGAAAGCUUAAAGGAAAUAGGACAUGGAGGCUGGCUUCUCCCUUGUGCCAAUCUCUUGGUACUUUGCCUAAAGAGCAUCUUACUCUUUGAGAGAAACUGUUUUGUGCUUUGAGAGUAUGCUUUAUUUUCUUAAAGCAGAAGAAACAACAUUUCUGCAUGAGAGAGGAGUAUGCUGGUAUCCCAAGAAAAUUUAGGUUAUUGGAUUAAAGGUCACCCACACAUAAAAAUAAUCCAAUAUAAUAAUAAUAAUAAUAAUAAUAAUAAUAAUAAUAAUAAUAAUAAUAUACCACCCUUCAUCCAAAGAUCACAGGGCUGUUCACAACUUAAAAAUACAAAAUGAGAACACAAAAUACAUAAUAAAACAAAAGCAAACCAAUAACUCCCCCCUCCCUAAACACAUUUAAAAGGCCAUAGAGUAUUCAUCAGUGAAAGGCCUGGUUAUAGAGAAAUAUCUUCGCCUGGCUCCUAAAGAAAAAGCAUUAAUUUUAACAAAAAAGGUGAACUCCCAUUGAUUAGCAAAUGCUUGGACAGAAUGAGGUAACAAGUAAUCUACUAAUAAGGAUUAAUUAAAUAGAACCAGCUCCUUGGUUUGCCAGCACUGGUGCCUUCUUCAUUGCCAAUCUUAAUGUUUUUCCCCUAUAUCCUUUGCCCCUUGAUGUUUCCGGUCUCUACACAGCUUUGUGUGUGUUCUGUUCAAGCAUGCUUCCUCCACUCUAAAUGCAUAUGCAGGCAGAUCUACUACCCUUGUACUACUCCUACAGGCUCUAGUAACAAAAUAAAAUGUUGGUGUGGGUGGUAGUAGUAAUCUUGCAAUGCAUAUCUACCAUAGGGCUGGCCCUACAAUUAGCUACAGUGAGGUGACUGCCUCAGGCAGCAGAUGAUGCAGGUGUGUAUGUAGAGAGGUGACAAACUGUUGAAACACAAAGCUGCAUGUGCACCUUGUGUCCUGACACAAGCAGAAUGUCUGCUCAUGGAUCUCUCUGCAUAUGUGAAUGUGCACACAGUUCUUAAAGAAUAGCAAAGAGGAGGAGCAGUCAGUGAGGCAGUGAGUGGAAUGAGAAGAGUAUUGCUAAACAUUUGUCCAUAGCAGUUGUCUCAGGAAGGUUUUAUGGAUCCUGUCUUGCACUAAGAAACCUGAAGUGCGGUGAUAGUUGGAAUAAAUGCAGGGUUAGAUAGCGACUGCUGUAUUUCUUGGAACAAAUUACGUACAAAUUAUCUGGAGCAGACAACUAUUACAAUAUUAAAUAUUCCUUCUGUGUUGUGGUUCCUUUUUGUGAAAAUUCAUUCUCUCUGAGAAGGCAAAAAAGGUAGCCCCUGGUAUGCUCUAAUGCUAUCUGUCUCAAUUUCUCUAGCAACUUUUUUACUUUUCCAGGUCUCUUUUAAUAUAGGGGUCCUUAAUUUUAUAUGGACUUACUAGCCAGCCAUAUAUUGUGGUUGCACUCGCUGAAGUUCUCUCUGUGUGCUAGAGAACUCUGAAUUUGUGUUGCAUGUUGUGCUGAGCUUUGGAGCAGGCAGAAGCGCUGCAAACUGAUUUUGUCUUUUCCGAAGCUCAGCACAGCCAAACCCCUGUGCACCAGCAUCAGGGUAGGUAGCGUUAAGAAGGGACCACACUGAGGGCCAAAGACAGCCAUAGGCAAACUCGGCCCUCCAGAUGUUUUGGGACUACAACUCCCAUCAUCCUUAGCUAGCAGGACCAGUGGUCAGGGAUGAUGGGAAUUGUAGUCCCAAAACACCUGGAGGGCUGAGUGUGCCUGUGCCUGGCAAAAGACAUGGCCUCAGGCAAGCUGGCAAGUGGCUUGAAUUAGAUUGAUGGUUUUAUCGUGCCUUUUUUCAGUCCCAAGGACGUACAAAGUAUGAACAAUACACUGUUAUCACAAGACAAAACAAUUUGAAACCAGGUUUGUGCACUGGAUGCAACUGGAUCCUGAACUGAAUUAGAUCGAUUUGGGGCAACCUGGGAUUUAGCUAGAUUGGGUUGAGGCAUCGCUGGAUCACCCCAGGUCAGCUCAGAUCCAUCCAGAGCAACCCAGGGCUUUCAGAUGGAGGACAUUGUCGCAGUGUAGGGUGGAGAGAAAGAGACAUACAGGCUGCCUGUGUGUAUCUCUUCCCCCCAGCCAGCAUGGUUAAUGGUUGCAUACGAUGGGAGUUUGAGCCCAACAGUGUGUGGAGGAUCACAGAUUGGCCACCUCUAUUUAUAGUCAGCUGAGCUAGAAAUGGCCCUCUCCUUUAUUAGAAAAGAACGUGAGGGGAGAGAUGAGAGCCAGUAUUCCAAGGAAGCAAGAUAUGUUUCCGUGUUUUUGUGUGAUACAUGGGGCAUGCACAUCUCUGGCCAAAGGAUUCUUCUCCCCCUGGCAUGCUUUCAAUCAGCACUGACUUGGACAUUUCCUCUCUGACUAGCUUGUUGGACUCAGUUUUCUUUCACUGUAGCUCUAGCUUCACGUGACGACUUCUUGUGUUGGCAGUGAAAGAUUGGUGUGAGUCACCAUUCAGGCCCAGGCCUGAGAACGAGGGGGGUUGUACAAGCAAGGAUGCCCCAUUUGGACUAGACAGUGCCUCCAAAACAGAUCUCUGGCUGAGCCCAACAGCUCUCAUCUCACUUGUUGACCAGGUCCUGUUUCAGUGAGCUCCUUUUAUGCAACCCGUGUGCCCCAGAGAGGUGAAGGACACAGCCUGAGCUGGCUCCAUCAGUCAGCAGAACAAAUGGGCUUGCUCUGCCUAACAUCGGGCCAUCUCGGAUUCCACCUCUUUUAUAGAGAUGAGUGAUGAAGAGAGGCUCGUUCCGCUUUGCUGCUGUAUUAAUACACAUCAGGGGCCAGCUCCCGGCACUAAAUCACGCUACUGCAUACAUCUGUUAUCGGACUCCUCACCACCGUGAUGAACAAGACUGCAGAUAGAGGCUUCCUCAUGUCAUUCUUUAUAGGAUUUUCCUAAAAGAAUAAAUAGCUCAAAUCUCUGCCAACACUCUCCCCUGUCAUUGUGAUGAAUUUAGCUUCUUUCUUAAACAUGCAGCAACAAAUCUUCCUUUGUCGUAGACCCCUCCCCCUCCCCACCUCCAGAAAGUUUUGUUGAAUUUGACUGAAUUUAGAUGAUGAUAGUCAGGCCACUUAAGAUGCAUCCAGUGGUGGCAACGGAAGCUGCAAUCUGGAGGGUUGUUUUUUCUUUUAACCUAAUAUAUAUUUAAUGGCACCCGUACAAGGUCUUACUCUGGGUGAAUCUGUAACUACAAUUCCUUGGCAAUCCCUAAGAAACGGUUCACACAUGAGAACCCUAUGUGACCACCUCACGCUUCUAGAGCAGCUGCCAUCCUAAAAAUGGGGUUACCACUGUUGCCACUCCACCAUGGAGACCCUAAGUCACACUUGCACAAGGGCUUUUGCAGUUCCACAUGCUCCUGGGGCAGUUGUGUGUGUGGGUCAGAUGCCACAAAUAGUCCUCAAUUGAAAGUAUGGUAACGUUCUACCUACUCUAUUGCUGGGCAGUGGUUGAGGCCUAGGAUAUUACGCAGGCUUAAUAGGGUAUUAUAGCAGGCUUAAUAGAAUUUGACUCUUAACUAGACUUGGAGACCGCCCCGCCCCCUCAAAAUACCUCCCAAAUCUACCUGAGAAACAGUUUUAUGUUCCCUUGUUUUAGGCAUGUCUCAUUGUCUCACAGUUCCCCAUAGCUUUUAAGAAUGUGGGCUUCAUUUGGACCCUCUUACAGCUGGGCUUCCAUUUGCUCAUGGUCCAGCUGUCUUCAAGGAGGAGGUGGUUUCAUUAGUGGCCUUUUAGGCAAUGUAUUCUUGCUCAAUUUAUUUCAGUCACUUCAGUGGGACGAAUAAAAGGAUUGCUAGUUUUCUUUCCACCGCUUUCCUGCAGCAUGGGUAGUCUUCAAGGUGUGCUCAAGCUGCUUCAGUGACAAUCAAGUGAAUGUCAUUCAUUUUCUUUUGUGCAAGGCUGGUUUCUCCUUUAGCAGGAGAGUUUGGCUGCAUUUCUGGCGAGUUUAAAAUGGUGCUUAGACAGGUUCCCACCUUUAUCCCUAAAGUUGUUGCUUCACUUUUUCCACAAGGAAAAUGCAUUAUUUCUUUCUGCCAACUGCAUAUUUGUGGCAGAUCAUGUAUUCUUUGAAACAUGGGUCUUUAGAAGCAGAAUAAAGAAUCAAAAGCAAGCAAGCAGGUGCCAGUUUGUCCAAGCCUGAUCACAGAAUUUUGGCUGUUUGGGCAGAGAAUUCAAAUUUCCAUUUGAUGCAGAAUAAACACAAACACAGAGCAGGGACUAUUUAUUUGGUCAGGUCACUUCUACAGCUAAGAGCAGAGGUGAGUAUCUGGAUGUUGCUGGACUACAAUUCCCAUCAUCCCCGACCAAUGGCUAUGCUGACUGGGACUCAUGUGAGCUGUAGUCCAACAACAUCAGGAGAGCCAUGGGUUCCCCAUUCCUGGGUUAGAGCAAAAGAAAGUCUUAACUGCUGGGAGCUCUCUAGUGCUGAAACCAGGAAUGGUUUUCAGAAGCUCUGGAGUUAUCCAUAUCAUGCUUUAAAUUGGCACUGUUCUCCCUUUCUGCCCACGCCCAUGGCACCCUGCAGUCUGCAUAAAGAGAAGGGUGCAUUGAUGAUGUUUUUGUGUUUUUAUUGUGACUGACUGCCCCUUCCCUCCUCAGCAGCACGCUGGCUAUGAGCAGGGCAUUUAUUGGCAGAGGGUGUAGCUUUCUACAUAGCGUUUUGAAAUGCAAAUAAUGAACAAAUGAAACAAUGCUUGGAAUCUACAUAGUAUUCUAGUCUUUUAGAGCUCUGUAAACCUGGCUGAAAGUAAACGAAUAGGAUAGGCAGUCAUGGCAGUGGAAGCAUACGGUGGGGCUUGGCACCUAACAUUUGAUGUGCAAAUUGUACCUUGCUUUGAUGUUCCUGUUCAUUGUAUUUCUCUUCCUUUUUUAUUGUGAUGUCCCAGCAGCUUUAUCCAUCCACAUAGAUACUUCAGACCCAGGCCCGCCUGUGCCACACUCCCAGAGGCACCAGAACUGA